CUCCGGGACGUGUUUCAACAGAUGGUCGAGGUUAGAGAGUGUCAUCACACUGGAGAGAGGAUUAGAAGAGAGAGGUUGUCUUCCAGGAGCUGUGUGGUCCCCCACUACUCUUCAACCCCCAAAUCCCAGCACCAAGACACAAACCCCUCUGAGCGGAGGGAGACCCGGUGAAGAACCGCAAGGAGAAAACUGAGAGAGGAAUCCUAGCCUUGCCCCUCACUCGGCCAGCACUCAGCUCUCCUGCCUUCCAGUCAACCACGGCUGCGAGAGCUGCCCGGGUGUGAGUGAGUGGCCUGGCUGGACCUCUUCUCCCUCCCGUCAUCCCUCCAUUAAUCCUCCCCUCUACCCAUCCCGUCUCCUGUCGUCUCGGGCACCAUGCUGAUUCAGUGGCUGGCCUGGUUGGCCCUGCUGUCCCUGGACUGGGCUCCAGGCAGCUGGGCCUUCACCACCACCAGGGCUCAGGGCCUGAGGGGUCGCAUCCAGAGAGACCGCAGAAACAUCCGGCCCAACAUCAUCCUCAUCAUGACUGACGACCAGGAUGUUGAAUUGGGUUCUCUACAGGUGAUGAAUAAAACCCGUAAAAUCAUGGAGGAUGGAGGCACUACCUUCACCAAUGCCUUUGUCACCACACCCAUGUGCUGCCCGUCACGGUCCUCAAUGUUGACGGGCAAGUACGUCCACAACCACAACACCUACACCAACAAUGAAAACUGCUCCUCCCCUUCCUGGCAGGCUCAGCACGAGCCACGCUCAUUCGCUGUCUACCUCAACAACACUGGCUACAGGACAGCCUUCUUUGGCAAGUACCUCAAUGAGUACAAUGGCAGCUACAUCCCACCUGGGUGGCGUGAAUGGGUCGGAUUGAUCAAGAAUUCCCGCUUCUAUAAUUACACUGUCUGUCGGAAUGGUUACAAGGAGAAACACGGUGCCGAUUAUGCCAAGGACUAUUUCACAGAUCUGAUCACCAACGACAGCAUCAACUUUUUCCGCAUGUCCAAGAAGAUAUAUCCUCACCGUCCCGUGAUGAUGGUUAUCAGUCACGCUGCCCCUCAUGGCCCAGAAGACUCAGCACCUCAGUAUGCCGAGCACUUCCCGAAUGCCUCUCAGCACAUCACUCCCAGCUACAACUAUGCCCCAAAUAUGGACAAACACUGGAUCAUGCAGUACACAGGCCCCAUGAGACCCAUCCACAUGGAGUUCACAAACUUCCUCCACCGGAAAAGGCUGCAGACACUCAUGUCUGUGGAUGACUCCGUGCAGAAGGUUUAUGAUAUGCUCGAGGAAACUGGAGAGCUGGACAACACUUACAUUAUCUAUACAGCGGACCAUGGAUACCACAUCGGUCAGUUUGGGUUGGUCAAGGGAAAGUCAAUGCCUUAUGACUUUGACAUCCGUGUGCCAUUCUUCCUGCGGGGACCUAAUGUGGAGCCAGGGGCAGUAAACCCUCAUCUCGUGCUGAACAUUGACCUAGCUCCCACGAUUCUCCACAUUGCUGGGUUGGACACCCCUCCAGACAUGGAUGGAAAGUCCAUCCUUAAGCUGCUGGAACAGGAAAGGACUGGCAAUAGAUUCAAACCCAACCGGAAACCCAAAGUCUGGAGGGACACAUUCCUGGUGGAGCGAGGAAAGAUCCUGAGGAAGAAGGAUGAUUCAGUGAACACUCAGCACACCAACAGCCUGCCUAAGUACAAGAAGGUCAAAGAGACUUGCCAGCAAGCCGAAUUCCAGACACCCUGCGAACAGCCUGGACAGAAAUGGCACUGCGUGGAGGAGAUCACGGGGAAGUGGAGGAUACAGAAGUGUAAAGGUGGUUCGAAAGAGGGCUCCAGGAAAAGGGCCCGCAGCCUGAAGCCCCGUGGCAGUUAUGACAGAGAGAGAGGCUGUGACUGCGGGGACGCUCUCUUCAAACCCUCCAGAGCGGAACGCCGCUCCCACCGUCAGUUCUCUUCCUCAUCUGGCCAGCGUUAUCGACCACGAUUUGUCCAUACCCGGCCUACCAGGUCUCUGUCUGUUGAGUUUGAAGGUCAGAUAUACGACAUUGACCUCCAAGCAGAUGAUCAGUCAGCUGUCCGCCGCCGCGUCAUCUCAAAGCGUCAUUACAACCAAGACGGCUCAGAGUUUGACCUGGGGACAGAUGACGGUUCAGAGGAAAUGCUGGCAGAUGAUACAAACGCUGUGGGAUACCCAAACUCGGUGAAAGUUACCCACAAAUGUUAUAUUUUGAUGAAUGACAGUGUUCAUUGUGAGAGAGAAAUCUACCAGUCCUCCAGAGCCUGGAAAGACCACAAGAGCUACGUGGACCAGGAGAUUGAAGCACUUCAAGACAAAAUCAAAAACCUCCGGGAAGUGAGAGGCCACCUCAAGAGGACACGGCCAGACGAGUGUGACUGCGGAAAGAAGAGCUAUUAUAGCAAUGGAGACAGAAACAAGGCAGAGAGAUUGAAGAGCAGGAAUGAUCAGCUCCAUCCGUUUAAGGAGGCUGCACAGGAAAUAGACGGGAAGGCCCAGAUGUACAAUGAGAUCCGGAGACGGAAGAAGGAGAGGAAGGAGAAGAAGCGGCAAAGGAAGGGAGACGAUUGCAGCCUGCCCGGCCUCACUUGCUUCACGCAUAACAAUGACCACUGGCAGACUGCUCCUUUCUGGACAUUGGGCGGAUUCUGUGCGUGCACCAGCUCCAACAACAACACCUACUGGUGCCUGAGAACCAUCAACGAGACCCACAACACACUGUUCUGCGAGUUUUCCACUGGCUUUCUGGAGUAUUUUGACCUCAACAGUGACCCUUACCAGCUGACCAACGCAGUGUAUGCAGUUGAUCGGGAGGUACUGAACACGCUCCACGCUCAGCUCAUGGAGAUGAGAAGUUGUCAAGGCUACAAGCAGUGUAACCCUCGACCUAAAGGCUUGGAUACAGCACACAGCCAAUAUGGGACGGACGACAGGGUUAAGCUACCCAACUUGACAGACGAGGAGGUGAACUGGCAGGGACUGGAGGAUCUGUAUAGCGUAAACGAAAGCCUUUAUGAAUGUAGGCCUGACUACAGCCCCAGCCCAGACAACUGGGCCAACUUCCAGAAGGAUGUAGAUAAUAUGUUUGCACUGCGACACGUUUUUAAAAAAUUCAACCGAACCCAUAAGCUUGACGACUCCACCCUGCCAGAGCUGGGCUCCGGGGCCGGGGGUGGAGGCCUUGGAGAGGGCAGCGGAGAAGAGCUGGCCUCAGCCAGCGACGCCUGGCCGGGCCUGGCCACAGAGGCUCGCGUCACCACCCCCGCCCCCAGCAAAACGCCAUCAACACCACCACCCACACCCACGCCCAUAGUGGAAAGGAAACUGGAAUCUGUUGUCAACGACCUUCCGGAGAGGCUCAUAGACAGAGCUGGGGUGUCUGUCAUCUCAGCAUCGCCAGUGACAGUAUCAUCAUCAGGUCCGAGGAGAGACAAGGUUAUCUUCCAGAGCGAUAUAUGGGCGCAGCAGCUGGAGGAGAUGGAAGGAGAUAUGUUCAGCGGGAAUGGACUGACAGAGCUGGAGACACGAUACGACAACCAGCUGGAGCCUGGUCUGGGUCCCGGAGAGGCAGCCAGCCCUCAGGGUCUUGGCCUGGGCUUGGACCCCGAAGAAGAGGAGGACAUUUUCCAGGCCCAAGGCUACCUCCCUUUCUCCCCACAGACACCGAGGCCCAAGGUGCAGGCCAGCACCACCGGUAGCCCCCCCACCACACAGACUAGCAUCCCACAGAGUGUCGGGGUGGUACUACAGGUGCUGCCUCAGUCAGCGCUGCCCCUCACCUUGGACUACGAGGGCAGCGGCUCUCUGCCUCAAGCCUCCAAUCAGACCCUCUGAGGCAGAUUCAUACGCUGGCCAGCCAAUGAGCUGCUGGUCGACAGAGACACAGAGACACAGUGAUUGGGAGAUGAGCUUGCCAAGAGCAAUGGCGAGUGAUGCCACCUCAGUCAGUCAGAGUUGUAUAAUGAGUAUUAAAUUUAUUGUUUAUUUUUUUACAGGUGCCUACAUUCAUUAGUAAACAGUGUUACAUUUUCUGUUUUGUUUUGUUUUUUUUUUUAAUAUAUAUUUAGAAAAGAAAAAGCCUUAAUGCAGCUAAACGUUAAGUGUUGGGAGUAAAAAAAAAAAAAAAAGAUUGAUUCCAUACAGAUAACACCAUCAAUGUUUUUAAUAUGUUUUUUUUUUUUUUAUGAAUUUUUUUUAAAUGAAAAAGUGUGAGUGGUGAAAUCAUGUGAAUGGAUGGUUAGCAUGAGUCAGCUUUAGGUACGCUCCAAUUUAUUAAUCAUGAACUUGGCCCAUUACAGGAUAGUCCAUAAGAACCACUUACCAAUUAGGUAAUGACAAAACUGACCCCAAAUGCACUUUUUUUUUUUUUUUUUUUUACACAAUUAUUUCGACGGACUCCUUUCGAAGCUAAGACUGGCUAACUGGCUUGUCACUUCUGAAAAAGUUACAGAGUCAACAUUAAUAUGUUUCACAAGUAACUUUUAUCUUUAACUUUUUCCUAUAUGGAAAUAUUUUUAGCUUUUUCUUAAUAUGGCAGUAAUAGGAUCACAAAGUUUAGACAAUCAUGGGACAGUUUAGUUUACAUUUGUAACUGACAGCUCUGCAUUAUUUGAAUUAUCCAGCUGCAGCAAACCCAUCCGAUACUCUAAGCAGGCAAGAAAAAAUUGGCAUUUGUUUUUCCUGCCAGGGCACUAUUUACUGAUUAAGUUGCACCAUUGCACCAGCUCUGACUUUGCAGAGUUGCACGUUUGUCACCAUUCACAGCAUUUUAUUUUUAACCUAAGUAAAAAUACUAAUCACAAACAAAAUGUUUACACAAUCACCAUGGGUUAGAAAAUGUUCAUUGUGUAACUUUUUCUUUUCUUUUUUUUUUAUCACCAAUUAAUCUUGUGCUGUUUGAUGUAGUGCUUUGAUAAUCCAGAGUAUAAUGUUGCACAUGGCCAAUUCAUUUUGAAUGUAACUGCAUAGUCCCUUAAAACUGGUGAUAUGACAGCACACUGUGCCACAGCUUUGUCUUUGACUCCAAUAGUCAGUAAAAUACUCAGCACAAAUACUUUGCAUAGAGAUAAGAAUUGCCAGUAGUUCAUCUAAGCGACCAAGAUGUAAGUUCAGGUUGGAAACAGAUGAAUGCAAAAACCUGAUGCUGUCCUUUUUUUUUUCUUGACAGUGUGUGUAGAUGUGUUAGAACAACUCUGGUUUCGGGAAAGCCAUGGAGCUGUAAAGAAAUAAACCCUUUCAACC